CACUCUUUCUCUCUCUACCCGUGACUUCUCACUCUUUCACUUUCACUCUCACUGCUGUUUCGGGAACAAACCAACAACAAAGACAAAUUCGCCAAUUCAUUCAAACACAAACGCUCGCCAAUGUCGCUUCUUUCAUUGAACAGCCUCCACUCAACGCUCUUCAUGUUUUGUUUCAUUAACGUUGUAACCGCCGCCACCGAGUUCGACUUCGGAACCUUAACCUUGGGAAGCCUUAAGCUCCUCGGCGACGCGCACUUGAACAACGGCACCGUCAGCCUCACGCGCGACCUCGCCGUUCCCACCUCCGGCGCCGGCAGAGCUCUUUACUCCCGUCCGGUGAGAUUCCGGCAACCGGGAAACCGUUUUCCGGCGAGCUUCACCACUUUCUUCUCCUUCUCCGUCGCCAACCUCAACCCUUCCUCCAUCGGCGGCGGCCUCGCCUUCCUCCUCUCGCCGGACGACGAGACUAUCGGCGACGCGGGUGGAUUCCUCGGACUUUCCGGCGGUGGCGGCGGUGGUGGCGCGUUCCUCGCCGUGGAGUUUGAUACACUGAUGGACGUGGAAUUUAAUGACAUUAACGGUAAUCAUGUUGGGGUGGACUUAAACAGCGUGGUUUCGAGCGAGGUUGGUGAUUUGGCUAGCAUUGGGAUCGAUCUGAAAAGUGGUGACUUGAUUAACGCGUGGAUCGAGUUUGAUGGAUCGAGUAAAGGGUUAAGCGUGUGGGUUUCGUACUCCAAUCUCAAACCGAAAGAUCCCUUUUUGACGAUGAAUCUCGACGUGGAUAAGUAUUUGAAUGAUUUUAUGUACGUGGGGUUCUCUGGUUCCACGCAGGGUAGCACAGAGGUUCACAGAAUAGAGUGGUGGAGUUUUGGUUCGUCUUUUGAGUCCGCGGCGGCGGGGCCGGGGAAGGGAGCGGCUCCGCCGCCGCCGCCGACGGUGAGUUUGAUGAACCCGACGGCGAAUUCGGUGAGGUCGGCGCCUCCUUCCUUGGCUCCUUCUAAUAGUGAAGAGAAAGAGAGCAAAAGCAAAUCUUGCCAUAAUGGGUUGUGUAAGCAGAAUUUGGGAGCGGUUGCUGGUGUUGUCACUGCGAGUGCAUUUGUUUUGGCUCUCUUUGCUGGUGCGUUGAUUUGGUUUUACUCUAAGAAGGUUAAGCGUGUUAAUGACAAGUUUGAUUCGGUUGGAUCGGAGAUCAUAAAAAUGCCGAAGCAGUUUAGCUACAAGGAGCUGAAGUCAGCCACCAAGUGCUUCAAUGCGAAUAGGAUCAUUGGUCAUGGGGCGUUUGGGACUGUUUACAAGGGGGUUUUGGCUGAGAAUGGGGAUAUUGUUGCGGUGAAGAGGUGCAGCCAUAGUAGUCAGGGGAAGAAUGAGUUUUUGUCUGAGUUGUCUAUAAUAGGGAGUUUGAGGCACCGGAAUCUUGUUAGGCUUCAAGGUUGGUGCCAUGAGAAAGGUGAGAUUUUGCUGGUGUAUGACUUGAUGCCUAAUGGGAGUUUGGACAAGGCUUUGUUUGAGGCUAGGACGCCGCUACCGUGGCCUCACCGGCGCAAGAUUCUCUUAGGUGUGGCGUCGGCGUUGGCCUACUUGCAUCAGGAGUGUGAGAAUCAGGUGAUUCAUAGGGACAUUAAGACUAGUAACAUAAUGUUGGAUGAAGGGUUCAAUGCACGGUUGGGAGAUUUUGGUUUGGCAAGGCAAACUGAGCAUGAUAAGUCGCCUGAUGCAACAGUGGCUGCAGGGACAAUGGGGUAUUUGGCACCUGAGUAUCUUCUCACGGGGAAGGCUACAGAGAAAACUGAUGUGUUUAGUUAUGGUGCAGUGGUUCUUGAGGUGGCUAGUGGGAGAAGGCCAAUAGAGAAGGAUGCAAAUGGGGGUGGUAAAGGUGGGAUUAGCUGCAAUUUGGUGGAAUGGGUGUGGAGUUUGCACCGCGAAGGCCGGUUGCUAAUGGCGGCUGAUCGGAGGCUUGAGGGUGAGUUUGAUGAGGGGGAGAUGAGGAGGUUGCUCUUGGUUGGGCUAGCUUGCUCUCACCCUGAUCCAUUGGCUAGACCUACAAUGAGAGGUGUGGUUCAGAUGCUGGUUGGUGAGGCUGAAGUGCCUAUUGUCCCAAGAACAAAGCCAUCCGCAGGUUUUAGUACUUCACACUCCCACUUGUUACUCAGCUUGCAAGAUAGUGUAUCUGAUUGUGAUGGUAUAAUCACCAUCUCUACCUCCACAUCAGAGGACAGCUUCAAUCUUGGAGAUUUAGUAUGAUGGAAGGCCAGUUUUAAUUAUAAUUGACUCAUGUAGUGUAAAUAGAGAGAUAUGUAUUCAUUUGUUUGUUCAUGUAAAUGACAAUAACAUGCGGUUAAGGGCCUUGAGAAAAGAAAUUUUGGGGUGCACACAAUUCUGCCUCUAGUGCUCAUAAUUCAUGGCAGAGUGCUGAUUUUGGCACAUAUUAAUUGGAGGGGUUCAUCUCAUGCUGCGGAGCAGUGCAAGAUGUUGGUGUGAAAUGCUGAAGACAAUGUAGGGAAGGUUAUGUAACUUUAGACAGACCAUUUUUCUACUUCUAAUUAUAUGAGUUUGCAUUGAGCAAUUGAUGCUAAACAAGCUUUCUUUAGACAAUUUGAAUUGAGUUAUCAUGGUAUAAUAAGAUAGAAAUUU